ACAAACUUUAAAUCUUUCAAAUCACCUUAACAUCAUUUAACUGUUAAUGCGGAAGUUUUACAAGGAAGUUAAUACACUUUUCUACACAUACAUUAAAUUGUAAAACUUAGGGUAAACAUGUGGCUUUUCAUUUCUGUACAUGUAUUGUGUAGUUUAUUUUCCUCCAUUCUGGCUACAAAUCCUGGGUUCAGAUUACGAAUAACAGAAGAUGGACUUAACUACGCCAAUCAAGUAGCAGUAGAUUUGGUUACAAAGAAAGUAAAGACCACUAAAAUUCCGGAUCAAAAUGGGGAAGGAAAAAAUGUUAAAUAUUCUCUUUCCAACUUGGAUAUACGGAAUUUUCAACCACCUACUAGCAGCAUAACAUUAGCUUCAGAGAGCGACUUGCAGUGGAAAGCAACACAUUUAGCACUGGAAAUUGAUGGAAAUUUCCACUACAAAUACAAAAAAAGAUUCAUUAAAUUUUCUGGUGGUGGAAGUGUCAACGUCAAGUUUUCUGAUAUCUCAUUCAGUGUUGGAGUCAAUCUAGGUGUUGAUGGUAGUGGAAAGCCAACAAUAAAAGCUGGUAAAUGUUCGUGUGACAGUGGUCCAGUAAAAGUAAAAUUUAGAGGUGGUUUGUCUUGGAUAUACAAUUUGUUCUCUGGAAAGGUUGGAAAAAUUAUUGCCGGUCAGUUUCAGAGUAAAAUGUGUGGUAUAAUACAAGAUCUCAUUGACAAGAAUGCACAGGAAAGUCUGUCAACUAUAAAAGUGGAAGUACAACUUGGAGAAUUCCUAACAUUGGACUAUAGACUUCUAGCAGCACCAACUGUUACUUCUGAGUAUAUUGAAGCUGAUUUGAAAGGAGAAAUAUUUUGGAAAAGUGAUAAAUCUGAAGCACCCUUUGCACCGCCUGCCAUGGCAACCAUUACAGACAACAAAAAGAUGGUUUAUAUCACACUGUCAGAAUAUAUCUUUAACACAAUGACCUACCAGGCACACCAACACAACAUCCUAGUAUUUAACCUUACUUCACAGAACAUAAAAGCCAAGAAUGACGCACUAAACACAACCUGCACAGACAUUUGUAUUGGUAAACUUAUUCCACAGAUUGGGAAAUCAUUUCCUAACAGUAAAGUAGAGCUCCACAUGAAAAGUUCAAAACCACCAGUAACCAGUAUAACUGAUGGACAUUUAGGAGUUGCAGCAGAAGGAGACAUCGAUCUGUAUGCUAGAAAACCGGAUAACAGUCUGCAUUACUUAUUCAGAAUUGCUGGGGCUGGGUCUAUAGCUGUAAAACUAACGAUAAAUGAAACUGUCAUUCAUGGAUCUGUAGAGGAUAUGAAAAUUAAGUUAAAUGUUUCAAAGUCUUCCAUUGGACCUGUAAAUGAAAAAGCUUUACAGUUCCUGGUAGACAGUGCCAUCAAAACAACAAUAACACCCAUGUUAAAUGAUCUUGGAACCAAAGGCUUCCCAAUGCCAUCGACAGAUAAUUUGAAAUUGAACCAGUUUGAUUUUAAACUUUUACAGAAUACAAUGCUGAUUGAAACGAAUCUGAAGUACAUACCUGAACCUACAAAAACCAAAUCAACUGUACUUAAAUUUAUCCCAAGAGAUCAAUGGAAGUCAAUUAACAAUGUUUAAAGUUUGUGUAUGUCAUGGUGAAUAAUAUCUUGCUUGUGUUGAUACAAUUCACAUUUUAUCCUGAACAUAUUAGUUUGUUAUAUGUUUCGAAGAAAAUUAUUAAAAUAUAUAUGUCAAA